UGAGGUGUUGUGUGUAGAUGGGAUUGUGUGUAAUGUGGAUUUUUAACAUUUUGAAGUCAGGCUGUAACACAACAAAAUGUGGAAUAAGUCAAGGGAUAUGAAUAAUUUCUGAAUGCACUGUAACAUAAGCAGACAAACAGAUUAGGGGCAGAAGACAUUAAUUGAAAUUUGAUGCAAAUUGGAAAAAGUCCAAUGCUUUCACCAUUGACUGGAGGCUUUCACGGAUAUUUUCGAUUUUACUGAUUUUACUCUUGUAGUGGUACAAAUUAUGUGAUAGCUAAAAAGCAAUUAAAUCGUGUGUCCCUUGUGACAUAACGAGUUCUUAAAUUAAUAACAGGCGGUGUUCCGUGUGUUCUAUUUCUCAGAAUUAUUUUUCCAAACGGGAGAAUGGGGUCAUAAAAAGUGGCCUCUGUUCUGGGAAUAAUUUUGUAAAAAAUGUGGGGCGCACAUCGUAAUUCGGUCAUCUUAAAUGGUUGUAUAAAUUCGCCAGUUAACCAGAAGUGUAAUCAAUGCGCAGAACCUCAAAAUGUAAAGCCUAACAAAUCGCAUUUUGUGACUUUGAAGACACGCAGCUUUGUUGAUUGGAGCUGUUUGAAGGUAGGUUGGAGCGCAGUGCCCACCACCAACUCCAUGUCGACUUCGUUUAACUAAUUGGCAUAAAUGGCAGGUUCACAUUAUUAAUUAAUUCAUCUGGCUAUCAAUUGUCUGAUACAGUGAAAUAGAGAAAUAGAGGGACAAAUAGAGAAAACGUAACCAGGCAACUGGAUCAAUAAUAAAUCAACAUGGAAAUCAACUUUAAUGCAUGGAAAACUAUGGGAUGGAUUCAAUCCGUAUUACUGUAGAUCCGUAAUUUCUGAUUGAGCCGACAUGUGCAGCGUGUACCAUGAAUGCAGUCUCUGCGACUGCGGGACCAUUGCCUUUCACGCUAAAAAGCGGAUAUUCAGUGCUACGGAAUGAAUAGAGCCCAUACUUUCUUCCAAGGUUUCAGAGCUCUCAUGUUGUUGUUUUUUUCAGCCUGUCUACAUACCUUUGAAGUGCAUUACCGUUGAAAUUGUCACCACACCCUUGGACAGUAAAUGUGAGGAAGGAGUAAGGAGCGGCAAUGAAAAGGGGCACAAAGAGUCAGCGACCUCGGUGACAUGUGAGAAUGAGGAGGACAUGGAUGAAGGGUUUACAGGGACUCUGCUACCUGCGAGAGAUGCUCCUUCGUGGAUGUGGGAGGGCUUCUCCAUAGAUGACUACAACCCAAAACCCCAACCAAAGAUCAUCACACCCAAACUGAAGGAAGAUAAGAGAUGCCUACCCAAAGUGACCGUGCCGCAGCCUUUCAAGAUGACCCUGCGUGAGGAGAGCGAGGGGCAGAAGCAGAGGCAGCUUAGGAAGGCCUGGGAGGAGACUGCCAACAAGCCCACAGCCACGCUGCCUCGAUUCAAAGCGAACCCUGUUCCCAAGAGCAACCAGUUGCCCUUGUAUGAUAAGAUCGUAGAGGAGUGUGAGAGGCAGAGAAAGGUUCUCUAUGAGAAACGGAGAGAUCUCAUGCUGGCCAUGCAACAGCCCUUUAACUUGGGGUCAAAGGUUGCACAUGGUUCUGCCAAGAGGAUGGCUGUAGCUGAGGGUGAUGGAGAUGGAACAGCAGCCAAGGAGGGAGACGAGGGUCCAAAGCCGGAGAGUUCAGUUCCUGUCCGCUCCUAUAAGGACAUACUGAAAAGAUGUGCCCAGCUGGCUACUCGUCAUCCCCCUCCAACGGGAGUGGAGAAGAAGCUCACUUUCCAACCCGUUAUCAACCGGACUAUACCUGACUUUGGGAGGUUGCACCACAGGUUUGAGGACCGUCUCAGGAGUGUCAGACAGGGAAUGCAUUCCACUGUGCCACAGCCUUUUAGUUUCCAGGUGAACGCUGGAGGGGAUCAGACUGUCAGUACGUCUAAGAAAACUCAAAAGCAUGGCAAGAAGGACCCAUGCCCCGUGGUGAAGUGGGAGCUAGCUAGAAUUCUGGCCAGCUCACAAAGACUUACCAAGUCUGCACUGCUACGAGAGGAGGCUGCGAAGAAGAGACUAGUAACGAGAGAGAAGAGACUGAGAGCAGAGCAGCAGAAGUCAGAAGCUGGCUGUAGUCUUCAGAAAGAAGUGGCCAAGUGGCUCAACGCCCAGAAACAGCGCAGUACUGCCAGGGCACAGCGGCAACAACAGAACUUCAGACCCGGAGAGAGGCAGACAAGCGUUUCUCCCUGAUCCUGGAGCGGGCUGGGCUGGACGAAGCUCUGCUGUGGAGCAAGGCUAUGCUCCAGGAACAGGGCCAGCGUUUACAGCUGGAGGCCACAGAGGAAGCCUAGGAGGGCACUGAUACUGAUCUCCAUGAGGAGCUUGCAGACUCCUCUGAGGGACGAACCCUGACAAAGACAUGUUUUUACUAGUGUAUUAAAUUACAAGUGUUUGAUCACAUUCAAAUUGUAUGUUGCAUCUCUCUACCAUCUUAUAUCAGUGCAUUCUUUGAGAAGUCACACUGUUGAUAUGCAACUAAGAUAUGCAACUGUUCAGGGAAGUCAGGAACCAAUACACACAGUCAGUCAGGAAAGCAAAGGCUAGCUUUUUCAAACAGAAAUUUGCAUCCUGUAGCUCUAUAUCCAAAAAGUUUUGGGACACUGUAAAGUCCAUGGAGAAUAAGAGCACCUCCUCCCAGCUGCCCACUGCACUGAGGCUAGGUAACACGGUCACCACCGAUAAAUCCAUGAUAAUCAAACAUUUCAGUUAGCAUUUCUCUAUGGCUGGCCAUGCUUUCCUCCUGGCUACCACAACCCCGGCCAACAGCUCCGCACACCUCGCAGCUACUUGCCAGAGCAUCCCCAGCUUCUCCUUCACCCAAAUCCAGAUAGCAGAUGUUCUGAAAGAGCUGCAAAACCUGGACCCAUACAAAUCAGCUGGGCUAGACAAUCUGGACCUCUCUUUCU